GGGCAACAGCAGUACAGCACGGACAUGCGAAUACUCUCGUCCACCGCGGCUGCACACCAUUACGAUUAUAGUCCAUUUACCAUUAUAUCUUUGUCGGAUUUGUCCGUGGCCAGUGACCACGUAAACACAUAAACAUGAUAUUGUUAUCCUAAAUCGUGAUCACCGAUUACCUACUAAUGAAGUAAUAAUUAUUGUUUUCGGUUUUGUUUAAUUCGGGGUUCAGACAGUCAAUAAUUAUUUUAAAAGUUCUAUUUGCAUCGUCAGUCGUUGCCUGUUAGUGACGACUGAUGAUACAUUUUCGUAACUAAGAAAUAAAUAUUAUGAUCAUUAAUAAUAUUUAAUAUUAUUUUAUUUGUCAGUUAAUUUAUAUAAUGGACAAACAAUUUAAUGAUACCAAUGUAUCCGAUUCAAAAGCCUUGGAAGCAACAGAAUUUUAUUUUGAAUCAGACUUUUAUUUAUUAAAAAAUAAUAAUGAUUACAAAAAUUUAUUGAAAUCCUUAGCUAUACUUGAAGUACAAAGAUGUACAACAAUUCAAAAUAUUGAAAAACUUGCAGUGUUAAAAGAUCACUUUUCAAAAAAUCCUUCUUUGGCAUUGAAAAAAGUUCUUAAACGUGAAGACAUAGGUACGUUAAAGUCAGUUAAUAUCCAUUCGCUACCAGAUAUUGAUUGGUCGGUGUAUGUAACCAAUGAUGAAACAGAUAAUGAACCAAUAAAACAAGUAUGUGAUAUUAAUUUACGACAUAAAAAUGUUUCUGAUAAACAAGAAACACAGACAAACAUUACAACUUCAGAGGUAGAAAAACCUGAAACAUUCAAAAAACCUUGGACAGUUGAAGAACAAUUGCGUCUUGAAGAACUUUUGAUUGAAUAUCCACCAGAAAGAAAUGAAAGUAAUAGGUAUAGAAAAAUAGCUGACGCUUUAGGUACAAGAAAUUUGAGACAGGUCUGUAGUAGAGUUCAAAAGUACAAUAUGAAAAUGAAAAAAGUUGGUUCAAUAAAAUCUAUUAAUGCAAAUUCAAAAAAUUUAAAUAAAAAAACUGUAUCAUUAAGUCAUAAAAAUAUUGGUGCAUUAUUAAAACCAACCACAUUUAUACCAUCUACAACAUUAAUAGAUGACGUUGAUGUUUAUAAUGCUAAUAGAAAUAACUUCAAUGUAAGUCACAAAAAUAUUGAAAUGAGUAAUAAGACAAAAUUAGCAAUCUUAGAUGAAGUAUUACAAGAUAAACUUACAGAAAAAAAUUGUCCAAUUGUGCAUGUGGACUAUACAUGUUGUGUAUGUCAGUCAUCUCCUAUUAUUGGAACAAGGUGGAAUUGCAAUGAUUGUCCAGCUAUUGGUAAAAGCUCUAAUUUUUGUGGUGAUUGUAUAGUAGACACAGUAAGGAACAUUCUUGAAAAACCUCCUCAUCCUAUGGAUCACACAGUUACUCCUAUUAGAAACGUUAAGGCGAAUGAUGAUAAUAUUGACAAUCUUAUUGAUCAAAAUUAUGUCCCAUUAGUAUUUAAAACUCAAAACUAUUUGGAUCCAAAUUUUAUGGUAUAGAAUGACUUAUAUUAAUUGUAUGAGUUUUAUUGUGUGUUAAAAUGUCAAUUAAUUUAUAUUAUUUUUCUUAUAAGCAUUUUUAACAAUGAAUGUUGUUUUAUUUUUAUUACAAUGACAAACUAUUUGUUAAUUCAUUUUAAUUUACUGAAUUUGUUUGCAGUUAAAAUUAGUAACAAACUCCAUUACUAAUUAAUUCAGUUCAAUUAAUAUUUAAUGUAAUUUUAUUUUAUUAUAUUAACUUGUACACAUACACAUUAAGUAGGUACCUCUAUGUUUUUUUUUCGAAUAAUUCACAAUUAUAUUUAAUUUUAAGUGUUUUAUUUAUUUAUAAUUGUAAAAGUGUUAUGGUGUAUGCCAAAACACCCCCCCCCCCUCCCCCACACACAAAUGUUUAUAUGUAUUUUUAUAUUUAUUAUUCUAUUAUACUUUGUUUUCUAAACUAAAAUUAUUAUUUCCUUCAUAAUUUUGUAAGUAUUAUAACAUAGAACAUUAGAACUAGAUCAAUCUAUGUUAAAUUUUUAUUCUAUAAAUGUCAGCAUGAAAUGGUGUCCAUUAAUUUCAUAAUUAAUGACUAUUAUUUUAAUCUAUAUUAAUGUGUUAUUGUGAUCAACAUUAUAGAAUACAGAUUAAUGUAAUUUCUGUAAAUAGGUAGCUUAAUGACCUGAACGGAACGAAAUAUGUGAUUACAUAUUGGAAUCGUUGUUCGUCUCAGACGAAUGUCAUUUUCCAUAGAUUAUUUAUAAUUAAAUAU